AUCCACUCGCAUCGCUCCACAAAGCUUCAAUAAGCCCGGAGGCUGGGAGCCUUGAUGAAAAAUUACCUUGUGACCAAGAGGGGAAGUCAGCACUCGCAGACGCUCCUGAAAAGCAGCAGCCACAGCAGCAGCAUCAUCAGGAUCAGCAUCACAGUAGCAGAGUGAGGAGGAUGGCCUGCGCGUUCGGCUGAUCGGACGGCACCAGAGCUGGGUCAUGGAGAAAGUAAAAGGUCCCACGGCGAGAUGCACCACCGCCACCUGUGGGUGGAGAGCCCUGCUCCUGCCGCAGCUGAACCGGCAGUCGCUGUACGUGUACGGCAGCGAGAUGGCCGUGGAGAAGGAGUGCAUGCGCCAGCUGCAGAGCGGAGUCUUUGUGAUCCAUCCAUUCAGCCUCAUGAGGAGUUACUACAUCAUGGGCAUGAUGGCCAUCACGUUCCUCAACCUGAUUGGCAUUCCCAUGGAGAUAGCCUUCGUGGAUGGAACCAGCGGCAUGGCAUGGGAAGGAUUUAACGUGUUUUCAGACACACUCUUCCUGAUAGACGUGGCUCUGAAUUUCCGAAUGGGCAUCAUAGCAGAGGACGGCGAGGAAGCUAUUCUGGACAUCAAGCGGAUCCGACUCAGCUACCUGAGGACAUGGUUCAUACCGGACGUGAUCGCCGCUUUCCCGAUCGGCUACAUCCUGCUGUUUGCGGACUUACAGUACUACAACGAAGACAACCCCUCGAAGACGAACAAGAUGAUGCGGAUCCUGAUGUUCGUGCGGAUCCUCAGUCUGAUCCGCCUGGCUCGGGUGUCCCGUCUGGUCCGGUUCUUCAACGAGGUGGAGAAAGUGUCUAAUGCAAACCUGGAGGUGGUCCGCCUCUUCUUCCGCGUCUUGUCUCUGUUCAUGAUGAUUUUCCUGCUGUGUCACUGGAACGGCUGCAUCCAGUACUUUGUCCCCAUGCUCGAGGAGUUUCCCACCGACUGCUGGGUCCGCAAAGAAAACCUGAUGAAUGCCUCAGUGAGUGUGAAAUACUCCUGGGGAGUUUUCCGGGCUCUCUCGCAGAUGAUCGCCCUCUCUUAUGGCUCCAUGGAUGCUCCAACAAAUUACGUGGAGAUGUGGAUCGUGAUGGUCAGCAUGGUGUCUGGGUGUCUGAUGUACACCGUCCUCGUGGCCAACGCUACGACCAUGAUCGCAAACACCGACCCGGCGGCCAAAGAGUACAAGAACAAGAUGAGCCGCUUGGAGCACUACAUGUCCUUCAUGAAGCUUCCUCCAGAGCUGCAGCUGCGCAUCAGCAACUAUUACCAGGCGCGCUACGGAGGGAAGUGGUUCCAGGAGAAGGACGUCAUGCACACCGUGUCCUCGGCACUCAAAGAGCAAAUCAUGAUGGUGAUGUGCAGCCGGCUGCUAAGAAAGGUGCCGAUGUUUCAGAACAGAGAAGAAAACUUCAUCAACUCGGUGCUGCUGAAACUGGAGUACGAGGUUUUCCUGGAGGGAGACUCCAUCGUCCGAGAGGGCGUCCCCGGGGAUCGCAUGUUCUUCAUCGACCACGGACAAGUCCUCAUGGAGACCGACUCCUACGACCGGGAGCUGUGUGACGGAGACUUCUUUGGAGAGACGUGCGUGCUGACUAAAGGAAAGCAUCGGGCCACGGUGAAGGCGCUGACCGACUGCCAGUGCUUCUCUCUGUCCUGUGACGACUUCAAGGAGGUGCUGCUGUGCUUCCCGGAGAUCAGCAAGGAUAUAGAGCAACUGGUUCUGCUCAACUCAGAGGGUGAGCCUGUGUGAGAGCAAGAAGCUGUACUCAGGCGUCUUUCUUUUACUGAAAAUGAGAGGAGAUGCGGACAUUCCCGGGACAUUUUGUGCGAUUGUAAAUGGACGAUAAGACUGAGGCUGAUUCCUCGUGUGGACAUGAGUUGGACAUUUAUUCGCUGAUGAGAUGGAUAGUUUUAGAGCAUUUUAUUCUAACUGGUAACUCUUCCGAUCUAUCAGUUAUAAGCAAUAAACUAAAGACCUCAACCGUAAAGACGGGUCAAAAUAUUUAUUUUUGCUUCCUUGUUGCAUUUUAGCGUUGAUGUUUGGGAAGUCAAUGCAUACCUUAGUGACUUAACCAGAAAGAUUUGGUAAACCUUAACGAGAAAUUGUGUUUUUUUACAACCUGGGCUUUAUUUACGACGUUCGGGCCAUCAUUUAUAUCAAAACAAACUGAAGAUUGGGCAAGAAACACACGAGCAGUCAAACGACGAAUCCUUGAUGUAAGCUAAACUUAUUUAACCAAAGGAAAACUGUAAAAGUAUUAACCAACUGUUCAAACAUUAGUCACAGUGUAUAGCAUAGUUUCCUCCAUAUCACCAGCAUUUAGGUGCACUCAGUUUUAUCUUCAAAUAGUCAUAAAAUCUAUCAAAACGUGCGUUCAUCACUUCUAGGGAUGGGGCGAUAUAGGAUGUUAUUCCAGAUUUCAAUAAAAAAACACUGAAAAAAGUAGAUUAUGGUGAAUUUCUGGUAUUGGUUAUCAUGGAAGAAAAGUGUCCUAUCAGUGACCCAGUAAGAACAUGAUUCCAGGAUGUAAGAGUUCUAAGCAUAUAUUUAUCAUUUUUGGGAUAAGAUUUUGUAUUGCCUGGUACCACCUGUCUGAUUGUUGGACUUCUUGUGUUUGUAUCCUGUCCUCCAUGUUUGGAGAAGUCACUCUGUUUCCAUAUUUCAGCAAUAACUUUGAAUGCUAGCUGUUCUCUGAGGAUGUGCUCACUGAAAUCAUUAGGGAAUUAUUGUCUGGACCAUAAAUGUUUGUACAAAUCUUAAUGCAAUCCAUCCAAUAUUUGUUAUUCCAUUCUGAAACAAAGUGCUUAAGGAGGCCUUCGAUUGGACCCAAGUUGUAGCAAACUAGAAUUUUGCUUUAACGAAAUAUAAAAAGAAACCUCUUAUAUCUCA